AUGCAAAUAAACUUAGCAAAUAUUAAUUCAAAUGACACAAAAAAAGAAAGGGUAAAUAUACACAGUCAUAUUAAAGGGCUUGGUGUGAAUACAAAUAUAUAUAUGCAUGAAAAUGAGGUUAAUUUAAGUGAUGAAAAAUAUUCAAUGUUUUUUGACAAUACGUGUGGUUUAAUAGGACAGUAUAAGGCUAGAGAAGCAUCUUUAUUUCUUGUUGAUUUAAUUAAACAAAAAAAAUUAGCAGGGAAAUGUAUUUUAUUGGCUGGACCUAGUGGAAGUGGAAAAAGUGCGUUAGCAAUAGGAAUUAGUAGAGAAAUAAAUAAAAAAAUGCCAUUUGUAUUCUUAUCAGGAUCAGAAGUGUAUAGUAAUGAAAUAAAAAAGACUGAAGUCAUACUUGAAGCCUUCAGAAAAAGCAUACACAUAAAAAUAAAAGAAGAAAAAUUGGUAUAUGAAGGUGAAGUAGUAGAUAUGGUUGUUGAGGAAAAUGAAUGUUUAUAUUCAUUAAAUAAAGCAAAACAAAUUAAUGCAAUUAUUAUUACAUUAAAAACAGCAAAAGGAUCAAAAACACUAAGAUUAGCACCUAAAAUACAUGAACAAAUAGUAAGAGAAAAAAUAAAAAUAGGAGAUGUUAUUUACAUUGAAACUAAUACAGGACAUGUAAAACGAUUAGGAAGAUGUAAUGCUUAUUCCAAGGAAUUUGAUAUUGAAUUUGAUGAAUAUGUUUCUUUACCUAAAGGAGAAGUUCAUAAAAAAAAAGAAGUGGUUCAACAAAUUUCUUUACAUGAUAUUGAUUUAGCAAAUGCAAAUCCAACUGUUGGAGAGGAUUUAGCAUCUGUUUUAAAUUCUUAUUUGCGUCCUAAAAAAACUGAAAUAACAGAAAAAUUAAGAGUGGAAAUUAAUAAGACGGUAAAUAAAUUUUUAGAAAUGGGUUUAGCUGAAAUUAUUCCAGGUGUUUUAUAUAUAGAUGAAGCACAUAUGUUAGAUAUUGAAUGCUUUUCUUACUUAAAUAGGGCAAUUGAAUCUCCCCUAGCACCUAUAGUUAUUAUGGCGACUAAUAGAGGAAUAUGUACAGUUAAAGGGACAGAUAAUAUUGAACCACAUGGAAUACCUGUAGAUUUAUUAGAUAGAUUAAUUAUUAUAAAAACUUUUCCUUAUACAUUAAAAGAAAUAGUUCAAAUAUUAGCCUUACGUGCACAUACUGAAAAAAUAAAUAUUAGUGAGGAAGGAAUGAACUAUUUAGCUAAAAUUGGUAUUCAGUCUUCUUUACGUUUUGCUAUGUUAUUACUAGAGCCAUCCAGAAUAUUAGCUAGUCUUGAAGGAAAAUCAAUUAUUGAUAUAAAACAUAUUGAGCAAGCUGAUGAGUUGUUUAUGGAUGCUAAAACUUCUGCGCACAGGGUUGCUGAACAGUCAAAUAAAUUUGUUAAUUAA